UUGUUAACGCAUUGUGAAGAGUUUGGAUUUACAUGUUUACAAUGCCGAAUGUUUAAUAUAUUUAUUAUUAAUCUUUUAUGCAUAAAUCUAUUUAUUUAGCAUGGGACUUGUACUUUGCUUCAUUUCGGCCACGCUUUUACACGUUAUUCAAGGCCAAUCGUUAGGACCGUGUAGCACGAGUGUGCCGUGCAGUGAUCCUGCUGCGUCCUGUAACUUGCUGGGACUAUGUGAAUGUUCAAAGGGGUACACUGCCUUCGAGGGCGCAUGCCAUGCCGAUGGAGAUCUUCACGGCACGUGUUCAACCAAGAUCAGUUGUGUGGAGGCCAACACGGAGUGUGACACCAAGACCACCAAGAAAUGUAUAUGUAGCUCCGGGUACACCGCAUAUCAGGGUUCAUGUUACACAGACGGAUCGCUGCAUGGAGGCUGCUCCUCUUCAGUGUCAUGUACAGACGCCAAUACUGAGUGUGUAGCGGCUUCCGGAAGUUGCGAAUGUACCACCGGAUAUAAGGAAGACACCGGCGCAUGCGUGCAAGCACAACUAUACAUGGGAUCGUGUAACACAACUUCCCAGUGCAGUGAUCCCGGGGCCCAAUGUGACAUGGCUGCGGAGCAGUGUGUAUGCAAGGAUGGUUAUACAGCCUUCUCCUCCUCUGAUAUUUGUUGGCAAGAUGGAACACUGAAUGGCACGUGCUCCGACGUCACAGGUCCCAUGUGCAACGUGACACACACCACGUGUCAUUCCACGCUCCAACGAUGCACGUGUGACACGGACUAUAAUUCUUACGAUGGAGAAUGUUACGCUGAUGGAGAAUUACAUGGAAGAUGUUCUACUACAGUUUCUUGUAUCGACGCCAAUACUACUUGUGACAAUGUUUCCAGUCAAUGCGAAUGCGAGGCAGGGUUUGAUGAACGUAAUGGCUUUUGCUUGCAGGUGGGCGUCCUUGGCGGAGCGUGCUCUCUGACGUCAGCAUGUACAACAACCAACACUGAGUGUGGUUCAUCUAGGCUAUGUGUCUGCAGAAGUGGGUACUCCCAGAGCUCGGACAACUGUAAACAAGAUGGCACACUCCAUGGGGCCUGUUCUGGUUUCGUGGCAUGUGCUGACUCCAACACCGAGUGUUCCUUAGUUUCUGGUACAUGCCAGUGUGCCACUGGCUUCCUUGAGGAAAAUGGAAAAUGUGUUGAAACACAACUAUACUUGGGAUCCUGUAACACAACUUCUCCGUGCAGUGAUCCUGGGGCCAAAUGUGACAUGGCGGCGGAGCAGUGUGUAUGCAAAGACGGCCAUACAGCCUUCUCCUCCUCUGAUAUUUGUUGGCAAGAUGGAACACUGAAUGGCACGUGUUUUGACGCCACAGGCCCUACGUGCACCGUGACACACACCACGUGUCAUUCCACCCUUCAACGAUGCACUUGUGACAAUGAUUAUACACCCUAUGAUGGGAAAUGCCGUGCUGUGGGCGUUCUUGACGGGGCGUGCUCACUGUCAUUGGAAUGUACAACAACCAACACUGAGUGUGGUUCAUCUGGGCUAUGUGUCUGCAGAAGUGGAUACUCCCCGAACUCUGGCAACUGUAUACAAGUUGGAGCAAUAGGGUCUUCCUGCACAGUUGCAUCAAACUGUUUGACCAACAACAGUGAGUGUGGAAUUGCGGGUUUAUGUGUCUGUUUGAGUGGCUACUCAUUGGCCUUAGGAGAGUGUAAAAAAGAUAUACCACAGUCUGGGGGUUCCCUUGGAAAUCCUUGUGUAAAUAGUGCAUGUAUAGAUGCCAAUGCCGUCUGUGGUUCUGAAGAAAUUUGCAUCUGCGCAGACGGAUACAAAGAAAGCGGAGGUGUCUGUGAGAAAGAUGGAAUUCCAACAUACGUGAUCGUUGGAAUCGUUCUCGGAGCAGUAGCUAUUGCUGCCGUUAUUGGCCUGGGUCUACUUAUCUACUGCCUAUAUUCCAAGUCACAACAAGCUAUAUACAAAGAAGAAGCAAAAGCACCACUUCCUGAUGAAUAUAUGCUAGACAAGACUGAUGCUGUUCCGUCCAGGAAACCUAAACUGUCGGCCCUUAAUGCCACACCAAGGGAGCCGUUGGAUAUAACAGCCAUAAGGAGGGAUGCCCCAGCCCCACUUCCCGCCAUUCGGCCCCUAAACGGAGGUGCAACUGUUCCACAUGUGAACCAUGCUCCGAUUGUUGCGCAGCGUCCCCGCGAUGUGUACCGUGGAAGGAGAUUGCUUGAAAAUGAAGAGAUGGAAGCAGGUCUUUACAAACAAAAACAGAGAGGAGAUUUUAACGAGUACCAGCCUUAUAAACCCUGGGAAAAAACUCCGGAAAAGUAUAACAUUGCACCAAAUUCAAGCAGGAAAGCAAAAGGGCAUGGAAGAAAGAAUGUACAUAAAGAAGGAGGAGAAACUGUUGAAGAAAUGGAAGAAAAAUACCAAAGAAGGUUGCGAAAACUCCAGCGAGCAAAGAUGCGACUACUCACAGCUCUAACUCUGAAAUCUAAGCAAACAAACGAAAAGAAAAACAAAAAAUACGAAUCAGAUGAUUUCGAAGUAUCUGAUGCAGGAACGCCCGACGACUCGGAUGAAAUAACUGAGGAACAAGAGUUGGAGAGGUUUAAAGAAAAGCACUGGCAAAAGAGGAGGAGAAUGCUUGGGAAGGCAAGAGUGGGGAUAAUGGACACUGACAGGGAUGGAGCGCCUCCUUACUAUGUAAGUGGUGGGGGUCUUAAUCAAUAUUUCUAUGCCCCUGGGCGUCAGCAGUCAAGAGACAUUACACCACACUAUGUCCCAGAUUAUGAGCAUCUCAGAGGAUUGACACCAAAUGUUUAUGCUCCAUACGGUCAAAUGCACAUGGGAAACCAAAACUAAUCGAUCAACACCAACACCAACACCACCCGAGACGUUAUACACGUCGCUAGAAUAGCAUCCGACCGUACAAUACAAUUUAUCAUUUGCAUUUCUGGCGUAUGUUUUAUGCAGAGUGUAUAUUAAAAUCGAUGAAACUGAGUUUAGCUCAUAUCCAGGAAAUAACAUACAUGUACAUGUAUGACGUCAUACAGUAACUUGCAAUGCUAAUUUUAAGUAAGCGCUUUCGUUGAAUAUAGACACAAUGAGGUAGCUGUAUUUGUUCUCAACUGUUUAUUUGAGAAAUAAUGUAUGCAUCUGAAGCUUUAUAGUUGUUGUUUUUAACAUUAAACCUAUUGAAAAUCUUUCAAAAGAAGCAUGCGUGCUUUUUUUUCUUUGCAAUUGCAUAUGGAAAAGGAUAUUGAUGAGCAUUCAAUAUAUAGUAAUAAGGAUAAAUUUUACAUGUAAUAGAAAACUGUAUUCAAUAAAGUACCUGGUUUUAACUACUCAAUGUUAUAUGCACUUAAUGUUUUCAAUAUAGAAUUGAUUUCACCAUUUAUAUAUGUUUUCUUUUCACAUUUAAUCCUUUUGCAUUACUGUGAUACUCAUAAAUUGCUAACCCCAUUAUCAUAUCUCGUUAAACUUUGUUUUACAUUUUUACUAAUAAAAUGAUAAACAGAU